CGAUAAUCCUGAUUUCUACGAUGAUUACAUGAGUGAUGAGAGUAACGCUUAUCUCAAUGGAGAGGUCCGGCGCCUCCUGAACGAGCACACCGAGAACCAGAAGUUCGUGGCCUCGUUGGAGUCGCAGUUCUACCAGAUCACCUACCCGGUGCAGAUCCAGCGACACGGCAAGCCUCAGGGCAUCUCCACCCGCGACGCCAGCAAGAUCUCUGAGGAGAGUAAUCACGUCCACAGGACCUCCUACAGGAUCAAGGCCUUCAGUCACGUCUUCACUGUCGACCUUCAGCUUAACACGGAGCUGCUGUCGCCCAGUCUGAUGGCUCACCACCGGACCAGAGACAGGUCAAGCCAGGUCGACCACCAGAUUGAGCACUGCUACUACCACGGCACGGUCAAGGACUACUCUGGCGCCAUCGCUGCCUUCAGGACCUGCAACGGUCUGGCUGGCAUUAUCCAGCUUGGCAAUGAGACGCUCCUAGUGUCCCCCAUGGCUGGUGGGGAGAAGCUGUCCAAGCACCCGCACUUCGUCAUCGAGUCCAAGAACCCGCAUAUCCGGCAGAAGUGCGGCUACCAGUCCGGGUACGAGUGGGGCACGUGGGACAACAGCUUCAGCCAUGGCAGCCACGGUCGCAAAAAGAAGCAGACACGGCACCGCUUUACCCGUGAUGUGCGCACCACUAUCAAGUACAUAGAGACUGCUCUUUUCCUCGACAAAAAAUUUAUGGAGGACAGGAACUAUUCGAGAGUGAGAGCGCUCAACGACGCCCUUCAGAUAGCCAAUAUUGCUGAUCUGUAUUUCAAAACAAUAAACACUCGGAUCACCAUCACCUACUUGGAGACGUGGUCGGGCAGGAACCUGGUUGACUUUGGAAGAAAUCAACCCAUUUUUUCAGCCCUUAUCAACUUUUAUGGCUAUGUGGGUGAAAAACUCAACGACUUUCAUAAAGACACGUCCCAUUUGAUUACAGGGGAACAAUUCCAGAGUGGGGAGUCUGGGAUGGGGGUUCCCAACAGCAUCUGCACCCCAAAAGCAGCUGGCAUCUCUGUUGAUCUCAAUGUGUAUGAGCCGCAUUUAGUGGCAUCCACUAUGACGCACAUGAUAGGUCACAACCUCUAUAUGAAACACGAUGAUGGAAGAGGGCCAAAUUGCUACUGUCAGGACUGGCAUGGAUGUAUUAUGUCAAAAAAUGUGGUAGGUCAAGACAAUGUUCAACCCUCAAAAUUCUCCAAGUGCUCAGUUGAUGACUACCAUCAUGCCCUACAAACUGUUGAAGAAGCCAGCUGUCUUCUUCGUACUCCAUCUAAGUUUAAGAUCCCUCGACCUGUACCAGGAAAUGGUGGAACGUUGCCAAUUGAUCCAGGAAGACAUCCUCAGGACGAACAAGACCAGCAAAAGCUGCUUGACUCUGUUGUUGUGCGGCUCAAUCCAUUCCUGUUGAAAGUGAAGCCUUUUGAGUGUGGCAAUGGAAGAGUUGAUGAAGGUGAACAGUGUGACUGUGGACCAAGAGAGCAAUGUGACUUUGUUGAUCCUUGUUGUGAUCCCCUCACAUGUCGUCUUAAGCUGGAGGCAGAGUGUGCCACUGGGCCUUGUUGUAAUAAAUGCCGGCUGCGCCCGAAAGGUUACAAGUGUCGUAAAGCACAAACUGAGUGUGACAUUCCAGAAUUUUGCAAUGGUCUUCAUGGCAGCUGCCCCAUGGAUAUUUACAAGAAAACUGGUAGCAAGUGUGGAAAUGGAAAGGGCUACUGUUUCAAGGGCAUUUGCCCCACACUGAACAACCAAUGUGAGCUUAUUUGGGGCUAUGGUGGUCAAGCAUCAGAUGAGACAUGCUACAAGCAAUUUAAUAUAGAUGGUGUUACCUAUGGCAACUGUGGCCGCCACCACAAUGGCAGCUAUAUCAAAUGUGAAAUUGGGAAUAUAAUGUGUGGGACAUUGCAGUGUCAGAAUGGAUCGCAGCAACCAGUUACCCCUAACAUGGACCAGAGUUACUCCAAAACGAUCGUUUCCAUGGGUGGACGUGUGUAUGAGUGCAAAUCAAUCUCAGCACGUGAUGGUGUCACCACAAGAAAUUGGCCAAAUAGUGCACAUUCAUCUUUAAGUGGUUCAAGAACGGUACGAUAUGAAAUGGGAGAUGAUAGAAAAAGAGGAGGAGACUGGAUGCUGGUUAAUGAUGGUACAGCCUGUGGAGAGAAGUUGAUUUGCGUCAAUCAGACAUGCACGUCAUUGUACCCAUACAUUGAGCCUGGACAUUGUGAAACUAAUAACGUUGCUCUUGAAUGCUCAGGUCAUGGGGUGUGCUCCAAUAUCAACUCCUGCUUCUGCACGCCGUUCUGGACUGGGGUAGACUGCUCCAUUUUCGACAACACCACUGUCACCACACCUCCUCCAGAUGAUCUUCUAGGGCAACCAGGGCCCCCCACAGAGACCUCGCCAUCUAAUGCAUCCACUAACUCCUGGCAACUAAACCAAGGACGCAACACGCAAUAUGCAGGUAAAAAUGGCAACACUGAAGGUCUUGGAAGGCUGGCUAUGGUGCUCUUACUUGUAGGCGGAGUAGGAGGUGUAUUUUUUUUUUUUACUCUAAUAGCAGUUUGCUACAGACGAAAGACAACAAUGCCUAAGUAUGAUGCACCAUAUCUCAAGAGACCUAUAGUGAAGAAGCCUCCUCAGCAGCAUCUCCAAUCCAUGAUGAGUAAAACAGAGGAAACAUCACUCGAUAUGGGUAGCCGAAUUACAUUUGGCAACAUGCCCAGUUAUAGCCCUGGACGACCACCACUGAGUCCGACACUAUCUCGCAGCAGGUCGCUUGACUCCUGCCGUGAGCACAAGCUGCAGACGAUGAGACGACCUGGGCCUCCAGCAGGGGGCUCUCAGUCUGAAGAAGAAGCACUCCAGUCAGGGGAGGACGAGGCAGUGUCGUUUAUUGAGCUACCAUCUAACAACCUGAGCAAGAUACCCGAGAAGGGAAUCCUGAAGAAAUCAUAUGGCCUCCUCACGCCAGCAGAGAAGGAGAAAUGGGGUGAGGAGUCCCAGAGCGACAACAACGAUGUCCUCAGUCAGAGUGAUAACAAUGCUGAUCCCGAGUGCCAAGUCUCUGAAGUUGAACGGACUCUUAAGAGUCUCAAUGGCUACCACGAGGACAUCAUUGAUGCUCUGAAGAGAGCAGCAUCCCACCGCUCUGGAGCCACUUCAAUGUCUUCUGAUGAGUUACACACUGCUCAUCAUGACACCUAUCCACGCUUUUCACCUGGUGCUUCAGCUAUUGGUGGGGCUGCAGAGUUCACGAGACUGAAAGCGUCGCAUGAAAAAUUAGCUGAUUCUGGAGGAGAAGAUGAGCAGGUACCCCCAUGUGGCCCAAUCAGGAUUCGUAACCUGGAGGAUUUGAUACGCCAACUUGAGCAUCAUCCAUCACGUCACAUGUCGCCUUCAGGGUCUGAGGAGAUUCGGAUGAGCGAGACAGAAGCUGACCGACACUACCGCCUCGACUCCUCGUCCUGCACAGAGUCACAAGGGUAUGUGAGGCCGUGGCGCAGAGGGCAGGAGUUUGGUCACGGGGAUUUCAGUGGUCCUCUGGCGGGGCCAUCAGGCUCCCCUGGGACCCCCGGAGACAAAUUGGCAGAGCUGCUGCAGUUGGCUUCCCCAGAAGACCACGAGAGGAUCCUACGUGCUGCAGCCAUGCUGUCCCCAGAGAGUCCCACAAGAGGUAGAGCAGACAAUGGGGGAAUGGGUUUCGUAUACGGUCGGUACCGACAACCUCCAAGCAGUGGGAGUGGGACAGGGUCAGCAAGUGGGCGUGGCUCAGACAGACUAGGUAGUGGUGGGCAUGAGUUCUCAGAUGGUGCUGACAGUCAUGCCUUCACUGAGGAGGAUGACCUUGAAAGACCUGAUGCUGGUGAGACAGCAGAUUCUGAGAGUGAUGAGUACUCGGCGAGACCACCUAGUGCCCUCCUGCGCUCUGCCAGUGAAGAAGCACUACCUGUUACACGCUACGAGGCUGCGAGGUUUGAGGCAGCUUCACCCCAGGACCCACGUCUUUAUUCACCACCCUCUGAUGCUGCUUCCUAUCAUGAUGACCAGGACUUCCUGCCCACAGAGCAGGAGAAUGAAGAACCACAAGAUGUUGCUGAUCCAAACCACGCCCUUCUGCCUCAGAGGAGGUAUCCUGAGUACAAGCACUGACACUGGCCUCACUAGGAAACUGGGGGGGCCAGAUUUAUCCAGAGCAAAUUCCAGCAUUAAUUGAUGCAGAAUUAAUUAUUCUGGACAGCCAGUGCAUUUUUCCUCCAAAUAAAGGUAGCAAUUUAUUGUAGGCUUAGAACUCUGUAAUUGCUACAUUUACCUUUAUGGAACCAACUUGUGGCUGCAGUGAUUUAUACUUUAGGCAGCUAAGUAAAAUGGGCACAUUCAUCACUGGUAUGUCAACCAGUUUUAGUCACAAGUUUAUAAACAAAUUUUUUUUAGGAUCCUUUGUGGAACAUGUUACAUGCGGCAAUAGUAGUGACUGAUGGGUUGCCAUGAUAGUGAGGACUACUACUCUUGUGUUAGUGAGAUAUGGACUGCCAUUCUAGUGAAUUAUAGACAGCUAUGCUAGUGAAAUAAGGCCCCUCUAUGGAAUGGCGCCCUAGGCCAAGACUAUUCUUGACCACGAGAAGUGUUCAUCAACCAGUUCUUAUCAAAUAUCCUAGUGCCCUGACUAUUGCUUCACAAAGGAUAUGUCACUGUCAACAAUCAUAUAAUUUUACAUAUGUACAGUAUAAAAUUUUAGAGUAAAAAGUCAUCUACAGAAAAAGUUUAUUAGGGCCCAGGUUACAAAUGUUCUCACUGUGUGUCUCAAAUAUACUUCUGGUGAGAUUUAAAAAUAGGAUUUCAGUUUGCUAAUGCAGACUUAGCCGUCCAGCACAUGAGUGAUACUCAACUUCUUCACCAUCAAGAUGUCAGUUCCGUUGCUCAAACCGAUUGAAGAAUCUCAACCAUGUAAUACCUUGAAAUAUCAGUUCAGAUAUGACCCCCAAUAUUUCUGUUUAUAUGUGUAAUAUAAAUAUAGUUGACAACCUAAUGACAUAAGUUACUCUAUCAGUCUCUGAAGUUUGAGUUUUGCAUCUCGUCAAUCAGUAAAUCUCACCUAAUGAAGACUGAAAGGCUAACCAGUUCCUUGACUGUCAGUACUUUGUCAACAUUCUCCCAGAAUCAUCACUGGAAUUAAGUGUUUAUACAUACAGUUGUGUAUCUCACACACACUGCCCAUUUAAUUCUUUUUCACAAUGUAGGUGGCCAUGGAUGCUCACUCAGUACCUUGUAAAUAAUUUUCUAGACAGGGUGUCAGUGCUUACUCUUGCUGCACUGCAAAGUUCAAUACAAGUAUGUGGGUUGAGGCUCAUCUGCCAGCUGCUCCAGUUGAAACUGCAGUUGAUAAAUGAUGCAUCAGCUUUAGUGGCUGGUUGGCUGUCAAUGAUUCUUCAGAGCAGGAUCUUUAUGAUCUUAAAACUUUUCACUCAA